CCUUCAACAUGGCAUACACAAACCCCAACCCCCUCAACGUCUUCUCCGGUCCAGAUUCCUUGUCCAACUACUUUGACCCUGAGCAGAACCCACCGCUGCCGCUGGUCGAGUUACCUGCUGCGUUGAACCCAUUCCGGAAGGAUGGCGUGAGGAUUUAUGCGAAGAUGUUGACUGCUUUGCCGGCGCAGAAUGUCAAGUCUCUUCCUGCGUUAGAGAUGCUCAAAACCUCCCCCAAAGCCCGCACCGCUAAAAGAAUCGUCGAGGCUAGCUCCGGGAGCACGGUGCUCAGCAUGGGGGUUAUUGGACGGGCGUUGUGGGGACAUGAGGGGGUUGAGGCUUGGGUGACGAAUAAGAAGACGAGGGAGAGUUUGAGGGUGUUGAGGUUUUUUGGGGUGGGGAUAUCGUUGUAUGGCGGGUUGGCACAGCAGGAACCGUCAGACCCGAAAGGGAUCAUGGCGAGACUGAGGAGGAAGGCGAGGGAGGAGGAGGAGGUGUGUUAUCUGGGGCAGUAUGAUAAUGAUGCGAACUGGCAAUCACACUACAACCACACUGCCCCCCAACUCGCGCUGCAAAUGCCCUCUUUGUCGGUUCUUUGCUCUACUAUUGGGACAGGGGGUUGCAUAACUGGCACGGGGCGAUGUCUCAAAUCUCAUCUUUCUUCUGACAUCAAAGUUGUGGGAGUUUGCAAUGUCUUUGGGGAUCCAACACCGGGACCGAGGCAUUUUCCAGGGUUUGAGUCAAGUCCGUUUCCGUGGAGGGAGACGAUUGAUGAGUUUGUUAGUGUCAAGAGCGAGGAUUCUUUCAGGAUGAGUAUGAGGCUGAGCAGGUAUGGGAUUAUCUGCGGGCCGUCAUCAGGGGAGGCACUUCAUGGACUGCUGGAGUGGUUAAGAGAGAAUGGAACCGAGGGGUUAAAGAGGGAUGAAAGAGGAGAGGUGAACUGUGUGUUUUUGUGUGCGGAUUUGCCGUAUCAGUAUAUGAAUUUGUACUAUCAAAAGUUGGGAGAAGAGGAGUUUCCCGGAAUCAGGAAUCAGUGCUUGUUGGAGGUUGACCAAGACCCUUACGACGAGAGAUGGUUCCUCACGCCAGAACAAGCGGUCGAUAUGUUGGUUGGGGAGGGUGCUGGGAAGUACGAUCUGGAGAUGCUGUGCAUGGUGCCCUCUUCUUGUGCUUGCACAACAACACGAACAUCAAGGACGUCCAGACAGGAACAGCAGCCAGUUGAGGGGAUGUUCGGGGAUUGCUCUCCAGGCGCGGUGUCAGACAUCUCGGAGUCUGCCUCGACGAUUUUCUCAUCGGCCUCACCAUCAUCCUCCGUGUACAGUGUCGCUACGACAACCAGUGUUGAGUCACAGCUCCCUUCGAUGGUGAAGGUCAUCGAUGUACGGCCAAGAGCGGAGUUUGUCAAAUCUCAUCUGAGGAAUGCGGUGAAUAUUCCAUUGUCAGCGACAAAGGAAGACUUUUAUGGGGAUCCGCAGGCUGUUUAUGAGAGAUGGAAGGAAAUGAAUGCCGCGUUCAAAGAGGCUGGUGUGUUGGAUCACAGGGACGAAGAUGAUGAGAGACAAACACUUGUUGUUUGUUUGGAUGGCGACUCGGGGAAGAUGGCGGCUUCUAUGCUCAGAGGGGCCAGCAAGAAAAUUGGCAAGAAGAGAGAAGUGUUUUGCACAGAUGGAGGAUGGGGGGUGUUGGAAGGGUGGUUGAGAAGGAGGGGAUAUGGUGAUGAUGUAUGGAAUGGCGUAGAUUAG